GAUGAUACACCAUUGCAGGCCGCGUACUACAACGGCCUCAAGGAGAUUAUUAAGGACGAACUAGUACACCACGACAAGGCCGAUGACUUGGACGAACUAAUCGAACUCGCAGUGCGAGUAGACAAUAGGCUCUACGAACGCCAGACGGAAAAAAAGGAAUUAGGAAAGCCUACCUUCAGAUAG